CACAGUUUGGAUUGGGAUAACGUGAGCUGAGCCGAACAGUCCAUAAAUCGAUGAUGAUCAGAUGCGGUGCUGAUCCCAAAUCAAAUCACAGUCCGAGGAUGUGGAUGACGAAUGCUGGGAUGUCUGUAACUUUUUUAUUGUGCAAAUCACACAUUCCGUGGAUUUAGAAGCACUAAUACUACUACUAUUAGUAAUAAUAACGGACCACUUAAAGAGGAAAUUAUGGGAUUCGCCCAGGCCCUCUUCGCCUGCGCGCCGCUGCCACCACCACCACCACCACUGCAUCAAAAGAGUAGCAGUGUUCCCACAUGGCAUUUUUCAAGCUUCACUGCUUCUCCUCGCCACUCCCAAUUCAACAACUUGUACCAAGAACAUGAAGAAUUAGGGUUCAAGAAGCAGAAGAAGAAGAAGAAGAAGAAGAAGGAGAAUCACAAUAGCAUUCUGGAAAGUCAUCGUCCGUACAAGACUGCUCCAACGCAUACCCAAUAUAAAAGAGAAGAAGUACGAGAUGGAAAAGUUUGCGACGAAUCCCAGUCCCUCGAUUUCGUCUCCCAUUUUAGUACUAGAAGAGGUGGCGACAAGGGCGGCAAGGAGGGAGAGCGCAAGCCAACAGGAGAGGACGAGGAGGGAUUGGAUGUGGGAUGGCCUAAGCCAGAAGAAGAAGAAGAAGAAGAAGAUAGCGGUGGUCCUGUUGUCUGCAAGGGGAUAGCAAAAGGGACUAGGAGGAGGCAAAUCAUGAAGAGGUCCACUAUGAUCGCCAAGCAAGUUAUCAGCAUUCAAUCCGCCCUCUCCCUGGGUUUUGUUUCCCAGCUCUGGGUCGAUACAAAUGCUUGGGCGGUGUUAUUUGUAGAGGUGAAGCCAAACUUACUUUCCAGUGAGCUAGAAAGGUUUUCCUUGGACGAGCUUGCGAAGGUUGGGGAUGUGGUGCUCGUUGAAGAUGAGAGUGUGAUGGAAAAUGACUUUAAAUUAAUUGGAUUCGAGACGCUGGUAGGAUAUACUGUUGCAACUCCAGGUCGGCGAAAUAUUGGAAAAGUGCGUGGAUACAAUUUUGACAUUAACUCUGGGGUAGUGGAGUCUCUUGAGAUUGAUUCAUUUGGGAUAUCCAUCAUCCCGUCAAGUUUGAUGCUUUGCUGCUGUAUUACAGGUGAGCACCUAUGCAUUAUUGGUUGAGGAUGUGCUGGAAGUUUUACCAGACACUGUUGUAGUACAUGAAGCUGCAGCAUCACGCAUCCAGAGGCUUACUAAGGUAAAUAAAUGUUGUCUUUGCUUGAUACUCUCAGAUGGUUUCAGUUGGGACUAAGAUGGUUUCUUUAAGCUUGUUCCUUGGUAUCCAUUUGUGGUGAAAGUUUGUUUUAGCAAAUGUUAAAUCUCGGAUGGGCUUUAAAGCAUAGAAGCAAAAGAGGAUCAUAACAAAGCACCUAUAUACUUGUUGCGAUGGAGAAGCUCAAAUAUAAAAGAAACGAAUCAGGGUUGAGCACAGCACCACAUAUUCUGUCUCUUUCUUUGGGGUAAAAGUAGUGUAGUAUAUUCCGUUUCACUUGUGCAUGAUGCAUUUGCAUGCAAAAGGAAACAAAAGCAUAGAAAUUGAUGAGGCAAGCUGGUGAGCUCUGAAGCCGAAGAAGAGGAUUCGGCUCAAAAUGAGUACACCCGUUUUUGCUCAAGUUUUGGUGCUACUAUUUAGUAGCGGUUACUAAAUUUGAGAUGUGGAAUUAUACGAUUGACGAUUGACGGACGGGUGCUGGCACAGGGGUUUUGGGGUGGCGGUCAGAAGAUGGGCGGGUCAGUUGAUGAUGAUGAUGAGUUUGAAGAAUGUUGUGGAUACGGGGGAAGCGGGAAGAGAAACUUGUCCAGGGCCAGGGGGAAGUUCCCUGGAGAAGUGGUGGAGCGGGCUGAUGAAUGGGAGCUUCCCAUGGAUUACUUGUGAUCGAUCAUCCAUCACACUCACACUGAGACUUUCUCCUUCUGUCACCCUACCAGUUACUGCUACACUCAUAUGCAGGGCAGGGUAUCGCCCACCACAUACUCCUCCAUAGAUAGGAUUGCACUGGUUGUUGCAGUUUCCCGGUGGUCAUUUUUUUCUUUUCAGUAUUGACUGAGAUUAAUUGUUAUGUCGUCCAUUUUCUCCAGAGUAGCAAUGGAGCAAACCACCACCGCAGUUAUGCCUUGGUUCUGUAUGUAUGUAAACAUUUUAGGAAGAGUAUUCGCCUCCCUCCCUC